GGGUUGGGCGUAUUAGUCAUCCGAGUUGGUGUGAGGUUGGUCGUGCUAGUCUACGGGUGGGAGUACAAUGGCGUCUGCAAAGAACACAUCCACAAGCGCUGGACCAUCUACCCCCAGGGAGGGAUGACCUCCACAACAAUCUACUCCUCAGUAUAUGCACGCAAUGGGAGCACAAUGGUUUUUGGACUUUGUUGUUCAGGGGGAUCUUUUUGGACCAGCUGUUUUCAUUCGACCCACUUGCUUUCCCUACGUUGAGGGAGCGGACCACGUUAUUCCUCUCGGUACGAUCGUCGUGUGCGCCAAGACUCAUGGAGGUUUGCUCAAGCUGCACACUAACGGUUUGUACGACGAGUGCAGACUGCCUCUCAGAGGUGUUAAAGGUGUGUUGGUGACCAUCAAGAGAUUUGCGGGGUACGGUUCGAACAUGACGUUGUGCUCUCACUUCAAAGGCCUUUACGAUGGCGGCAACAAGCGUCUUCCAUCGCCAGAGCAAUAUCUCGAUCUCGCGCAGAUGGUGCCGAAAGAACGUCCGGUUCUUCCGCGAGAACAUGUUUUCCGGCUUCUGCCACCCCGUGAGGGGUUGUCCGACUUGGCUCAAGAAACUCCAGUUGCGGCAGUGGGGCGCGGGAGUCCGAUUGAAGAUGCUGGGGGUCGGGUCAAGGGGCACGCGCGCAGAGUUCACACGCAGGCCGGUCAGGAUGCUCCUGAGAACACGUCGGACUUGCAUUCUCAGGGUACAGGGACUCAACGGGUCUGUACUCCGAAACUCAUCAAGGUCCGCUGCGGCGGCGACACGUAUUCGCUUCGAGAUGAGACGAGAAGAGAAUCCGGCAGAUCGGGACAAGAUGUCGGAGGAAAUGACGCUGAAGGGAUUGGCGUUGUCCGCGAAAGCUCUGGCGGGGAGCAGAUUCCUUCGGAGAAGAAGCGCGAGCGACAGAGGAUGGAAGAGGGUGGCACGGCAAGUAAGAAAGCAAGGAGGCCAGACGGUUUGACCAUUCGCAAAGGACAAGCCAUGGGUGGAGGAGAUUCGGUUGAUCCAGGCGCUGCGGCCGCGAGAGAACCUUCGGGGAAAUCGAAACGGAAAAUGGCAGCCAAAGAAGGCGAUGGCAAGAAGAAACCUCGAAGGCGGAAGACUACUGAGGCUUCGAGCGGGGCCGAAUGGCCUGUCGGUGACGAGUGCGACGAAGCGGCGACGUUCUGGCUCGAAUACGAGCGGAACGAUGGCGGUGAAAUCGUGGAGAAGGAGUUCCCCGUCCAACUGCUCAUCGACCCCAGGAAGGUCUGCGACAUCCCGUCUUGGGAAAGAUAUUACAACCACCGCAGUCUAAAUCGCGAAACUGUGGACGACAUCAAGGCUCCGAUGCUGAGUCAAUUCCACGACAAAAAGGGGAAAAUCUGGAUGAAAAACCGUUUGGUUUUGGCACCCAUUUACAAGCCGGUGGCGCGUAGGCCGGAGAAAGCUGAAAGGGUUCACAAAGAUGUCUUCAAGCCAGAGGACAAGGACAAGUACUACUAUUACCCUGUUAACGGUCAACACACCGUGGCUGCUGUGAAGGAGUUGGAGGAUGAGCAAAUAUUCGAUUUGUGGAAGAUGCACUCGUGGCCGACGAGAGUAGUGUGGUUCUCCGACCUAGAUUUCGCGGGGUAUAGGCAGUGUCUCGCAGACAUGACCGAUGUUGAAAAACUGUCGAUCCUUGACGACAUUCUCCCGCUAAGGGGAGUGUUUGUGCAAUCCGCGGGCAGCCAUCUGAAGCAUCAGCAUAAACCAGGAAUUAAAGACAUGGUCGCGACGACGAAAGUGGACCGUGUGAUGCUCCGUAUGUUCCACUACAUCUUGUUCCUUGAAAUGGAGGCGGACGAACGUGUUUGGCGCCACGGGAGCCCAUUUUUUCGGACCGAGGGGAAGCUUCUAGAGGAGUUCAGGCCGCAGGGCCUCACGAAACAGGUGUGGGUUGGAAUGCGAACGCAUUUCCAGGGCGCGGUGGAGUACGUGAACACUUGCAAAUGUACUCUUCCGCACGAGAAGGAGUCCAUCGACGACGCAAAGAGAUUGUACGAUGAUGACAGGUUCCCUAAAUCUUUCGAAAAGUCUGUCCAUUCCAUCUUGCGACAGACGAAAGAAGAAGUUCGAGACACGAUCAGGGUCAGCAGGGAUGUGAGGCACAUCAAAUGGCCCGACCUCAACCGGGUGACCAGCCUUAUUCCUUUCGCUUUCCCGCCUUCCCAAGCUCACAGUCAUGUCACUGCGAUCCGUGAGGUUGUGCGACAUUACGUGUGCAACCUGUACGUCCUCGAUUUGUGUGAUCCCACACUCCUCACAGACUGGCAAGAAGAUGAUUUCACAAACUUGCAAGUCGUUCUCCAAACACUUUCGCCAACGCAGUGGGCACUUGUGGUCUUUUUCCCCUCUCAUUGGGAGCUCAGUAUCUUGAAAGGCAUGGCCAGGCUUAGCGUCCAUCACGUCAGGACAGGGAAGUGGGUGCGCAAUGCACAAAAGCAGGCCACUGUCCGGGAAGGCAAUAUGCUGGUUGAGGAGUAUGACCGCCUGUACAUGAUUUUUAAUGGUGAGAAGCUGGAAGACAACACAUUCGCAGUCUACCCGGCCAGCAGCCCGACAAAGGCUUCCCGUGCUCAUGGUCCAAGUUCGGUCAAACACACGGUGGCGGCCCGCUCCAAAGCUGUCUGUUCGUCGGACCCAUCAGGACAGGCUGUGGCAUGUUUCGACGUGCCGGAAGAGGAAAGGUUCUCUCAUAGCAUGUGGCAGGACGGCAGCGUGACAAGUUCUCAAGGACCUGCUUACGGGGAGAUGGAGCGGAACCCGUCCCGUCUGUUGGGUCUACUCGAAAACUUUUGCAAAGCUGGGCAAACUGUUUUUUUCUUUGGGAAGGCGCAUGCGUCUGUCGUGUGGGAACUCCUGCGCACCGGUUGGAACGUCGUCGCGUUGGAGAAGGAGGCGAGGAUGAUCGAUUACCUUCACGAGUUCGUGAAGGCAUGCGUUGCAGACACUCGCAAUGCUUGCGAGUUCGUCCACACCACCGGCGAACGAAACUGGGAUCCCAAACGUGAUAUGUAUUGGAAAAUGUCGGGGAACAAAAGGACGGAGGUUUGGGACUUCCUUUUCCAACUCGGACCGCGUGGUCCGACCGACGUCGAAUAUAGUCGACGGAGAAACCUGGUGUUCGGUGUGCUCAAUGGGUACCACGAUGCACCCACGGAGUCUGUCUCGCAUUUCCUGAGAAGACUGGAGCACGUUUACUUCACGCUGGCCGAACCGCUCACCCUGGAAAACUACAAGUCACAGUUUGACGAGGAGGACCCUUUUGACGCUGAAGACAUGGAGGAGCUGAGCGACUCGGAAACCUUCGAUUUCGAGUCCAUGCCACUUCCUCGGGUGGUUGGACAGGUUGGUGAUGAAGAGGAAGGUGGCCCUCGGAGAUAUAGCACGUCCCCUGCCGGUUUGAAGCGUGUGUUUCGGGGCGAACCAGUCGACGACCAAUCGUCUGAUGACGGGGAGGAAGACAGGGACUAUGAUCACGAACCUUGUGACAGGCUCCCAGUGGACCAUGACACCUGGCAAAAUGACAAACUCUACUUCUUCGGCAAGCAUCACCGGUUGACGGUGGAGGAUGUCUGGGGACACAAAGUCGUCUGGCACCCGAGGAUAUUCCAACCUGCUGUGAGGAAUGGAAUGUGGGUCAUGGAAAUGAAGGAGGCCGAUGGCAAGUGGAGUGGACUGAAAAGACUGGGAGCGGGUGCAUUUAAGAGAACGGCGAGAACUGCUUUGGUGGAGCAUUUGAGUCUUAUGAACCCCGAGAGGAACGAUCCGGACAUCGCUGCGUAUGCAGAACAAAAGCUAAAAGAGUUGUACGCCAACAACAUGUUGGAGUUUCGAGCGCCUUUCUACACACUCGAAACGGCACCGUCUCGUGGCAUUGACUGGCGCAUGCCGCAACCUCCGUCGGGCGGUCAGCAUCCGGGAGGGGGUGGAGGAGGAGACGAAGGUGACGGCGAAGGUGGGGGAGGAGACGGCUCACAGUUUGCCGGAAAGGGGACGGACGAGACAUCGUCGGUAGAGAAGGCGUCCGACGGAAAGGGGUCUGGCGGAAAGGACUCGGGCGGAAAGGGGUCCGGCGGGAAGGGGCCGGGCGGAAAGCGUAGAACGUCCGGGAGUCCCCAGUAUAUGGAUACUGACCCUCACUGCGUAGGGAGUCGAGAUUCCGACAUGCGAGACGAGGCCACCCUGAGGUCUGAUCAAGUGCGAGUAGAUUCGCACUUGUCUGCGAGGACUUUGUUUCCCGUUGCCGAGGAGAGUCCAUCUCACUGUGGGCAGCAGAGGUCUCCUGUGCUCAACACCUUGCUCCUGAAAGAGGGCGCGUCUUCAUUUUGCCUGGAGGGCGGGAUGCCUGCACUGCGAAGGAGCGAAGGUGCGACCUUCGGUUCCCUCGGCUCGGGCGACCGCCACAAACUCCGAAUACAUUCGGAUUUGCUGACGUCGCCCUCCGCCAUAAGUGCUCCUCACGCAACAGUUCCGCGGGGCCAAGAAAAUGUCACGUCCUGCCCCCCGCAUCUUCAGUUGGACACAGGGUUGCCCUGCUCGCCUCCGUUUUCAUGUGUUGAGACUCGAGACUGGCGGUCUCGCGACAUGCUGGAGGGGCCCCCUAGAGGAGUGUUGGAAACCGGGGGUAGCGAGCACGAACGUCACACUCCUGGGGAAGAGGAGCGCUCUCCGGGAAUGCGUACUGUACAUCGGGAAGAGGAGACUCAACGCUGGCAGUCUCGCAAAGUGUUGGAGACCGGGGGUAGCGAGUUUGAACGUCAUGCUUCGGAGGGUGCGUCCGUGCACACUGGCAGCAAGAGUGCAGGAGCUCCGGGGGAAACGCAUGCUCUACAGCGGGGAGAGGAGACUCGACACGGGCCGGCUCGUGAAGACGUGAAGUGGCUCCAUGCACGAGCGCUGGUGAUCGGGACGUCCGCAGAGGGUGGUCGACCGUCUGUCCUAAGCACCGCUCGGGGAAUGGUGCUUCAUGAAGCCAUAGAGUUGGGUGACGACUCGGCAGCCACCGAGCUGGUUAGCGACUCAGGCGUGGCCGAGAUGCAGAACGUCGAAUCCUCCGUGGAAGGCGGUGAGGUGGCCGUCAGCAUCAAGAUGGAUCCAGAGCGGAAAGAUCAUGAUUCUCCGUCCAUCCGUUGCGGUGCCGAACAGGGUGAUCGAGCAUCUGUCCUCAGUACCGGUCGGGAAAUGGUGCUUCAUGAUGAAGCCAUCGACUUGCCAAGCGACUCAGCUGCCACCGAGCUGGUUAGCGACACAGCCGUGGCCGAGGUCCAAAACCUCGAAUCGUCCGUGGACGUUGGCGCAGUGGCGCGACAGGAAGGCGAGUUCCCUCAAAGGGCUCCCGAGCACGGGAGACAUCAAUCUGUUGCGCUCCAUAUUUCACAACGAGCAGAUUUAAACUUGCCCACAAUCACCUACAAGAAAUAUAACUUUCCCACCAAACGGGUCAUCGAUGUCGCAAAGGUCACGGAGCGUCAUGUCCAGAGCUUUAAAAGUCAGACCGUCGCCGAUCCCGCGACGCUUACGAGGGCGAUAGCUUCCGACCGAGGUGGUCCUUCACCGCUUGAAGCAAGAGAGGACCAAUCGUGUCCGCUAGACGAACACCGGGGCAGCGGCUCGCGUGAUGCACUYAACUAUGAGKAGGACCCCUCUUCGCCACGAUCAGAAGCCAGAGCCAUACUUGCGAUAGUACCCAAGCUAAAGGGUGUGCCGACCCUGGUGUUGGAGAUCUGGCCAGACGCGAUCGCCCCUGAUGAGAACUUCCCCGGAGGAUGGUGGAGUGAGGUCAUAGAGAGGUUCCCUUGGCUCGAACAGUGCCCUUGGCCCAGCAAACCGGCGCAAGCCUUGAUCACAUGCAUGAAGCCUGAGAACUCCCAUAUGCUGCGAGAGUACAGAGAUCCUGAGUAUGAGGAAUUUCGCCGAGACGAGCCGAGCAUCUUGCUCACUGUCAAGCUUGAUUUCGAUGUACUGGGUGGGGUAGAUGGGACAUACCAUUCUCAGUAUCUGGGUCAAGACCCAGGAAGUUUUGUCCAUAGGGGCAAUGAAGAAGUGCUUGGAAAGAAAAUCAAGUUCAUGCUCAACAUGUGGGGAACUCAAGUCAGUACUGGAAUGACGCGAGUGGUUCUUCCUAUAAUUCCAGAGGAGCAAUUUAGCCCUUCUAGCUACUUCCGUGAUCAGAGCUUGUUUCAGCUGUGGCUGAAGUUUCAUAAUCUCUAUGACAUUCCUGAUAGUAUCACGCCAUGUGGCUUCAAUCUGCAAGAUAGCACUGCUGACUUCGAGUGCGCGCGGUGGAAUGUGAUUGAGACCACAAGCCAAGAGGUGCCUGAUGAGCCCGUGUCUUGUGACAGAGAACCGAAAGUGGAGCCGAUAACCACUGGAGAGAUGGUACGACUCCCAACUGGAAGAAACAAAUGGGUCAGAGAGCGGGUAGAGAGAACGUUGUGCCUACAUAUGAGGUACUCCAGCCAUAUCAUGGGAGCAUUCAGCAUCAGAAAACUGGUUAAGGAGAUGCUGGAGAGGGUGGUAGGGGAGGACGCUGAUGGAUGGUUGGACGACGUCAUGUUCGGAUGGACCUACAAUGAUGCCAUUGCCACCAAACUCUGCAGACCGUAUGACGCAUUCAAGGACUUCGAUCUCGAUUACUGGCUCAACAACUAUAAGGAAGAGGAGUGUCACUGUAACGCAAGCAGAAAUGCGCCGUUUCGGAGCGAUAGCACUUUCCAGCUGAAACCGGAUGCCGCCUGUGCUCACGUCAUCAAGCUUGACACCGCAAUCACUUCCAACAGCGCGUUGAGAGCAAUAAUGGGACGGGGAUUGAACCACAUUCCGAUGAAAGCCAUGGACAUAAACGAAGCACUGACGGAGAUUGACGCACUGCUUGACAAGCUGUUCGAAAAGCAUGAGGAGAUUACGGACCUGCAUGACCGGCAGAAAAGGAAGAUUAGAUGGUUGGUCAAAGAAAAGGCGAAGCAGAGAAUGAGGGCGUUCUUAGGCAACCGCAUGCAUGUAACAACAGAACCAUUUGGCAGCAAGCAAGUGAGCAGUGAGAAUAAGGCACUCACUAACAAGUUCCUGAUUGCACCAAUAGACAAAGCAGCCAUCACAGCGGCGUUUGUGUGUGUCAACUUCAUACGAGCUUUAGCCCUGAAGAGACUCUCAGGGCCGGACUUUGUACAUUCUGAUGAACUCCCUUACUCCGUGGUGGAGAGACUCAAGGAUGAGUUGCGAUGCAUGAAGCCCUUGCCAGCAGGAAAGCAAGCACUUCCAUACCUGAUGACAGUCUAUAAAGCUCACAAAGGUACGUUUCGGUGGAUCACCAAUAUAGCUGGCACUGUCCUCUCACCUAUGGCGGACAUCUGUGUGUGCCUUCUGCGGUUCCUGGUCCUCAACGUGCAGGCGUACUGCAAUCAGUUGGCUGAGCAGAUCGAGCAGCAGCAUGGCUUCAGGCCCAACAUCUAGUGGCCUGUAGCAUCCGUGGGCGAAUUCGCUGCGAACCUGCCUGGGAACUUCUUCUCAGUAUACACAGCAGACAUCAU